UAUGUUCUCGCGAUAUUUAUUGAUGAACGUAAAGCACGUAGACAGGGUGGAAAUACAAUGUAGCUAGAUAACCGCUUUCAUUUGAAUUAAUUUCUGUUUUUAAAAAGAAGCUUUAAAAACUUUGAGAAAUCCAUUCAAACUCGUGCGUCUGCUGGCUCUGCGCGCGUCCUUGAUUGAUUGUUUACGUUGGGCAAUUGUUAUCCUAGAGUGCAGGUCUGGCUGAAGCAGGAACCAUCCCACUACCUCAGCUAUAAGCAGUCACCAUGGAGGGCUGUCAAAUGUCCUGCUCCUUUUACGGGUGCAAGAGGACCUACAAUAGUCCAGAAGCACUGAAAAAUCAUCUUCAGGACCAUCAAAAGAACACUGCCCAGUCUCUUCCAGGGAAAACUUUCCUGUGCUCUCAUAUAGGAUGUGAUGGUUCAUUCAACAACAUGCAGCAGCUAGUGGAACAUAUGAGGCACCACCACAAGCCAAAUAAUUUUUUCCUGUGUGAGAGCUGCAGGGCCAAACUGCGUUCUUACCGCACCCUUCUCAAACACCUGCAGACCUGUGCUAAAGUUGCUAAGAACAAGGCUGCAAAGGUCGAGCCUGGAACGUCACCUGACGUGGAUCCCACCAAUGUUACUCCCACUUCCGGUGACAUGGAAUCAUCUAGACCCCUCUUAGCCCCAAAUGCACCUGAGGAGAUGGAGUUUAUGCCCUCUUUGCCCACAAAUCCAACACCGGCAAACAUGCCAGUAACCCAGCGGCCCCCAGAAAACAAUGCAUUUGCUAACCCCACACCUGCAGGGCCUGCAACUGUGCCCCUUGCCAUUCUAAAUCCUGCUUCAACCCAAAAUCUUCCUUGCCAACCAGAAUCUCCCUACAGCUCCUUUCCACCCACUCUGUCUCCUGUUAACCCAGCCUUCCAGGCAGAUCUGGGCCUACAGCAGCAGCAGAGGUCUCCUAGGUCUGGUCCUCCCAGUCUGCCCGCUUCACCGCCCCUGCCAUCAUCACCAGGAUCAAACGCAGUCUGGAGGAAAAACCAAGGUCAGUCCUUCAACUGCCGCAUCCUGUGGGAGCACACAAGAGGUCGGUACAGUUGCCUACAAUGUGGCCACUGCACCCCAGACCGGGGGGAGAUGACCGCUCACAUUGAGGGCCAGCACAAGAACCCAGGGGGCAAAGUGAACUGUGAUCAUGAUACAGAGAUUGGCACCGCAUCUUUACUGGCUAAGACUUCACUGCAGUCUGAGAACUCAACUUAUACACAGCUCUAACAUGAAAUGAGAUGCUAAACCUGCUGAUUGACAAAGAACUUUUGUAGUAGCAUUUUAUACAGAGGGAGAAACUCAAUGUUUUCAUUUAACAGACAGUGUGGACUUCAAGCAUCUGUGGUCUGGAUCUGUCCAUAUCACUAUUCAAACACAUGAAGUGCUGCAUGCCUUGUCUUCAGUAAGCAUUUGUGAGUCAUCUAGACUAAAAAAAUGUCUUGUUAGGUUUCCAAGUAAUUUGGAAUGGCAUAUAAAUAAACUCAGUAAUAUUGUAAUAUUAUGUCACCUACGUUUUUAUUUGACCUUUUUACAGUAGGCAGUAUCUCCAUUAGAGAACAGUAUUCAAGAGUGAACAAUUUUGUUUU